AUGCUUCCAACCGCAGCUGUGCGCUGGGCGAGCGGCGCCUACGCAUUUGGCUUCCUAGGCGUGUUCACAUAUGCAAACCAGAUGGGCUUUCAGGAAGGGGUGCAGGCGGAGCGCGAGCGGCGUGCGGACGGCGUCGCCGGCAUCGCGGCGAGGGCCAAGGCACCUGUGCGGGCGCUGCUCGGCUAUGUCGUCCCGCCCGCCUGGACUGCG